AUCUCCUGUCCUUGCUCUUUUCUGCUCCUCUAUAUUCGCCCCUGGUAAACCUUUCCAUCUCCAAACUGUGUAUAUUUCAAAGUCUGUUAUAAAAGUUGUUUCUUUUUGGUUAAUUUAUUCUAUGGAAAGCCAUUUUUGAGGAUCAUUGGAAGUUUAGCGUAUAUCUGAGUUGAUGGUUGGACUCUUUUUAUUUAUGAAUGUGGUGGAAAUUACUGGCAUGCUGAAGCUCGUGGGAUUUAGAAUUUUUGUACAUGUCAUUUUGGAUUCGAUUACUAGUUUAUAACCAUUUUCUCUACUGUUUAGUUGCUGAAGCUAGCGGAAGUUGGGAAUUUUAAACCUUUGUCUAGUUGCAGAUAUGGAUAGUGGGGCAGGUCCCAGUUUGUUUCCUUUGCACCGAUGCAAAACUAUUCACCUGGUCAGGCAUGGACAAGGCAUCCACAAUGUAGACGGAGAAAAGAACUACAAAUCAUACCUGAAACCUGAAUAUUUUGAUGCAGAGCUUACGCCACUGGGCUGGCAGCAGGUUGAUAAUUUGCGUAAGCAUGUUCGUGCAUGUGGGCUUUACAAGAAGAUUGAUCUAGUUAUUACAUCACCUUUGCUAAGGACCAUGCAAACGGCUGUUGGAGUAUUUGGAGGUGAGGGCUAUACGGAUAGAUUGGAUGUGGUGCCACUGAUGGUGGCAAAUGCAGCAGAUAGUGGACGUGCUGCAAUUUCUAGUCUUGAUUCCCCUCCAAUCAUUGCUCUAGAGCUUUGCCGUGAACAUUUGGGAGUUCAUCCUUGUGAUAAGAGAAGGAAUAUCAGUGACUAUCAGUUUCUAUUUCCAGCAAUUGAUUUUUCGCUGGUAGAAAGCAACGAGGAUAUACUGUGGAAGGCCAAUGUUAGAGAGACGAAGGAAGAAGUUGCAGCGAGGGGAUUGCAAUUCUUAAAUUGGUUGUGGACUAGGAAAGAGAAGGAGAUAGCAAUUGUUACCCAUCGCGGGUUCUUGUUUCAUACACUAACUGCAUUUGGAAAUGACUGUCAUCCUCUUGUGAAGAAAGAAAUCUGUAGGAGCUUCACCAAUUGUGAGCUUCGCUCUAUGGUCCUCGUAGACAGAAGCAUGACAGGAUCAGAUUCCUCAACAACUGAUUAUCCAGGAAAGGUUCCUUAUGGUGUGGAUCUCCCUAGUGACGUUGCAAAUGAGAAUUUUGAGAAAGAAAACCCUUAAUUUUAUUUUAUUUUUUUGGAUUUACAAAAUGGAAAAGAGAGAAAAGAAAAGGGGUUUCCAUGUAAGUCCAAUUCCAAGUGAUGAAACCAGUCAUAAUUUCUGAGAAUCUGGCUUUUUUCUGUAUCUGUACGAUGUAUAUGUUGUUGUAUUUCAGGUAUCUCACAAAAUUUAUACAUAGAAAAAUGGUGUGUGACAAUGCAGCCCAUCAUAAAGGGAUUGAAAAGGUUCUGCCUUUGAGAUAUCUGGCAUCGCACAAGAUUAACAGAGACGAUAAACUUUUUCGUUAUAUCUAAAUCAAAACUGAUGAGAAAUUGUUAAAUCUCAAUCAAGUGGUAAUCUGUUUUGCCAUUAUUAUUUUUAUUUUUUAUUUUAUCAAAAAUAGUAAAUUUUUCUUGUGCUUAUUCAGUA